ACAAAAUGUAUUAUAAGUUUAGUGGCUUCACUCAAAGAUUGACAGGAUCCGCACCGUCUUCAGCGUAUAACCCACAGGGCUUGAGAGCCAGCGUACCCACAGAAACACCCGCAAUGAUCUUUGCUACGCCAACCAAAGUGGUUGGUUCUGACGCAGUGGCAGAAUACAUGGGUGCUAACAAGGUUCCUGAUCUUCAGAGAAUAUUCCAGACGUCAGACGGGAUCCCAGUUCAUCUCAAGCGCGGCGUUCCAGACCGCCUGCUCUACAGAACCACCAUGGCUCUAACAAUUGGUGGCGCUCUCUACUGUCUGGUGGCCCUGUAUAUAGCCGCGCAGCCUAAAAACAAGUGAACGUCGACCUGCGUCUUCGCUUCACCUUCCAUGAACUUUUCAAUGACUGUAAAACAUUAUUGCUAAUUUAUUUUUUAAAUCAUCGUCACCUUGACAACAGCGCUGGAGCCUGAUGAACACAGAGGCAACCCAAGCUGGCCUCUCGAAACCCAUCAUUGGUUUACAUUCCCUCUGCACUGACCCAGAAAGACAAAGCCCUCUCUCAAUGAAAUACAAUCUAUUAUAUGUAAAGACAGAGUGCAAGGUGUAAAUAUUUGUUAUGACGCCAUCACGAUUUAGACGCAUACAAUAAACCAGUUGUCAUUUUAGAGAGUCGCAGUUAGAGAAGAGCUAGAAAACUGAGACCAUUUGCCUCUCCACCAUCUUCAGUACUGGUCUGGUCUGAACGUUAAACCGCAUUUGAUAGUCAAAGGGUGUUGAUGAAUG